AUGUUCCAUGGAAAUUCUCAGGGUUCCCCUCAGUUGCGAAAGCUGUGCCUGUCCGUGUUUGAUGUGGAGGUGGGACCGGAAGAAGAAUUCUCAAUCGCUACUGCGAGCACUGGUGCCAAAGCGUGUCCUUCUGAUAUUCAGAUAUCCAAUAUUCAUUUUAGGUGGCUCAGCCUGGAUUGGAAAAAUUUGGAUCGCGUAACGUUCUACCGAAAUACCAUUUAUUUGGACGACUGUGUCGUACUUCUUAGAGAGGCUCCGGCUCUCAGGAACCUUGUACUUGUUGAUGUUAGUGACCCAGAGGAUACAGAAGAUUGGCGCGAGGACGCUUGGCCUCAGUACCCAAUUAUACACCAUGGACUUGAACGAUUUAGAUUUCAGGGGUAUAAGGGUCACGAGCUUGGGAGGUUUUUCAACAGCUUUGCGUUUCCUGGUCUCAAAAAUCUCGAACUCUACAAUAUCACAGAUCCCUCGUUGACGACCUACUUAAUAUCGCUCUUCAAAAGAUCACCCAUGCCCCAUUUCACAAAUUUGAAAGUCUUGCCACCUGCUAACGAUGACUAUACAACACUGGUCGAACUGUUGAAAGCAGUUCCGUUUCUCGAGCAUUUCGAUAUUCCAAACUCUCUUUCAAUUGAAAACGUCAUGAAAAUCCUUGAAGUUCUUGCCCACUCAGCCGUCAUAGUCGAUAACGAUGACGAUGAAAUUGAACCAUUUGACUCCUUCCUCCCAAAUCUUCAAAGUAUUUCUUACAGUGAAUCCAUGUUUGGAGAAUCAAUUCUCGACCACCCUUUAUUCUGGCUUAUCAUAUCCCAUAUAAAUGGUCCUCCCGAAGAGAUUAUUCAUUGGACUCCCAAUGCAACUGGCAGACGUCCUCUCAAACACAUAUCAAUUUCUUGCUUUAGGAGCUCCCUAACCGAGGAUUCUGCAAUAUGCACUGACGUAUUUAUUGUUAAACACUUGAUUGACCUAAUUGCAGCUGGGGUAAGGUUCGAAAUUGAAGAUGGUACGGUAGAUGUCAUCAAAGCAUCGAUGUCCUUUCAUGGUUUAGCUUCAUAG